AUGAACAACUCGGAAAUAUAUUGUAAAACCGAGGAACUUUCGAACUUGACAAAUUCUUCGUGUUUAAACAGCACAGAUUCUUCUUACAGUAUUAUUGAUGUUGCAUCGUUCAUGCAUAUUUUUCCGUCCGUCUACGGAAUUCUUUGCUCUGUUGGGGUAAUUGCUAAUAGUCUGGUUAUAUACGCUGUCGCGACAUGCAAGAAAAAGAUGGUCUCCGACAUAUACGUGCUAAACUUGGCCAUCGCCGACUUGCUCUUCUUACUCGUGAUGCCGUUCAACAUCCAUCAACUCGUCAGGGACAGGCAGUGGGUCUUUGGGAAUUUUAUGUGCAAGGCGGUGGUUGUCGUGGAUGUCAGCAAUCAGUUUACAACAGUAGGAAUUGUAACUGUGCUAUGUAUUGACAGGUACAUUGCCAUUGUCCAUCCCACCUCAGAGAAGAGGACCAUCCAGUGGACCAUCAUCAUCAAUGUCAUGGUGUGGGUUGGCAGCUUUCUCCUGACGGUGCCCGUGAUGAUAUACGCCAAGGUGGUGUCGAGAAAGCACGUGGAGGUGUGUAUGAUGUACCUGGAUGGCCCUCAGGACAUGUAUUGGUACACUCUGUAUCAGUCCACUUUGGGCUUCAUUGUUCCCCUCAUCAUUAUCAGCACCUUCUAUUCCCUCACCCUGUACCACGUCUUCCGCUCAAUUCGCCGGGUCAAGCGCAAGCAGUCUGUCUGGGCAAAAAGAGCCACCAAGACAGUCCUGAUGGUUAUUGCCCUGUUUCUCGUGUGCUGGUCACCAUACCAUGUUAUACAGGUGAUCAACCUAAGCAUCCAGCAACCCACCAAUGCCUUCAUCUAUGCGUACAACAUCAGCAUCUGUUUAAGCUACUCUCACAGCUGCAUCAACCCACUCAUGCUUCUCAUCUUUGCGCAAAACUACAGAGAACGUCUCUGUCGCAGAAAGGAGCUACGCAGUUCUCAAACCACCACUUCCAAGACCACCGUCAAAACCGACGCAGGAUCCUCCGCCAGCCCAGAUACUAAUUACCGUUGCACAGUCAUUUAG